UCGGACUUAUACGUUUAGCUGACGGAAAAAACGGCAACAGUUGUUCCACUUCGCUGGUUUCGUAGAUUUUUACGCAAGAAGUGAUUGUAUUAGUAAGUGUAGCCCGCUUAGGACGAUAUAACCGGAGGGCACCCUAUUUUGUUGACGGUCACCCAGAGCGGACAUGACAUGAUUUGUCCACGGACGCAAAACAAUUGAGCAAGCAUUUGUUUACCAUCACACUUGAUUGUCAUCUCGGCAUACAAAUCAAAUAAUCUGCCUUGGUCAUCAACUUGCGUCUUUUUUACGAAUUAUUAUGGAACGUGAUGUCUCUGAAAACUCAUCCUGUGGAACACUGAAGCUAAUCCGCGGUUCAAAUAUCGUUUCUGACGAUUCCCCCACAGUUGGGAUAGAAGGAGAUUGCUGGCCUCCGUAUGGCGAAAUUAUCACCAAAAGUUCUCUUUGUUGGUCAUCUAAACUGCGUGUAGAAGUGGACUAUUUGGAGGGUAAAUCAGCUUUAUCCUUUGGAUUGAUAACGCCCAAUGAAAGGAAUGAGGGAAAACAGCGAUUGACUGGAAAACUAUGUGCAUGGAGCAGUAAGUCAAGAGAAAUCUUCAGCAAAGAUUUCGACUCGGAAACAAAUUACAGUGGGCGCAGGUCAAUAACUCAUUUUUAUAACUCAGACUUUAAAAGUGGAAGUAACCUAUGCGUUGAGUUCCUGGUUGAUGGCAAAUCAAACACUGGCAGGGUUCAUUUCACUAUCAAUGGAGAAGAUCAAUGGGUCACUUUUGGCAACGGCGCGCCCAAGGUUUGGUAUGGAUACCUUCGCUUGAGUUCAGAAGGAAAUGGCAGUAAGGUUGGAGUCACAGCGGUUUCAAAGAAGAAUGAAGAAACUUUACAGCUGUACUCAUCACCUCCACGCCGAAUUUGCCUUCUUAUAAAUAACGUUCCAAACUCAGGGAUGGUAGAGAAAAAGUUCAACGACCUAUUCGAAUACUUGUCCUUUCGCGUGGAAGUCAAGAGAGAUCUGGGAAGUAUUGAAAUGUUAAAAAAAGCCCAAAAAUUUGCUAAGAAAGAUCACCGUAACAUCGACAUACUUGCUGUUGUUAUCAUGACUAUUUCUAAUCAGUGCAAUGAAAUAUAUUGUGCUGAUGGUAGGAACGCGUGCCUCGAACAAGUUAUGAUGGAGUAUACGGCAACAAGGUGUCCCUCUUUAAAGGGUAAACCCAAGUUAUUUUUUAUUCACCGAUUUUCAAACAUAUCCUCUACAACCAAUGACCUGUGUUCAAGACAGGCCCAUGACAGCUGUGCAGAAAAUUACGUCCAAGAUUCUCCUCAUUGUUCUGUCAUUACGAGAGACAGUUGCCCUGAAGAGGCCGACUUCCUGCUUCACGGCGUGAAGUCUACCUAUCCAACACACGAGAAUAAUGGGGUUCCAGAGUCAUUUUUCAUCCAGACGCUGGACGAGGUCGUGAGAGGAUAUCGUGAUCUGUACCACUUACUCGAGAUCUUGACUUUAGUGAACAAACAGAUGGUGGACAGACGAAAGGACCGAUCCUGCUUUCAAAUGCCGUAUCGGACCUAUACACUCAGAGAGAAAGUUCAUCUGGGGUUGGCACUGACUCCUACCUCAUUCACUUCAGCUGUGACACAGGGGGAUCGUUAUGAAAUGAAUCAGUGUCCUCGCGGAUGGUGUAUCAUCGUGAACAAUGUACACUUCACGAACCAGAAACUGAAUCGACGAGGAGCCGAAGAAGAUGAGAAAAACCUUAAAGAGCUCUUCGAGGCUCUUUCCUUUAAAGUUGAUAUCAGAAGGAAUUUGAGCAAUCACGGGUUGGAGAAAGUGGCUCAGGAAUUUGGAGCUAAAAAUCACAGCGUAUACAACGCGUUCGUGUUUAUCGUUAUGUCGCAUGGUGGAGAUCGUGAUUCUAUUCUUGGCGUCGACGGAAGGGAGACAAACGUGAAGAAUUUGAUGGUCGAGUACCUUGAAGACAAUUGUCCAUCACUUAAGGAUAAGCCCAAAGUAUUCAUCAUCCAAGCAUGUAGAGGAUGUCGAAAUGACUUUGGUAAGUUUUCAUCGUCCUCAUCUGCUGAUGAUUUUAAUUCACAGUUGGUUGCAACGUCAUCACAGGCACAAAUAGGCUUCCAGCCAUGCGAUACUGGAGUCAGUCCUGACUCCACCCUCCCAAGGAGCGUGUUUCCAACGGAAGCCAACUUUGUUUUGGCCUUUUCAACUGCACCGGGUUAUGUAUCACAUCGAAAUCGGGAACAUGGCGCUUGGUUUAUACAGGCUAUGGUCAAAGUCAUCAGAGAAUAUCAUCAUCGUCAUCACCUCCUUGACAUGCUGACGGAAGUCACUAGAUUGGUAGUGGAGCGCCGUAAAUCUGUCCAGGUUCCCGCUCCUAUGGAUACCUUGACCAAACUUCUGUAUCUGUGAGAGAGGAUUGAGCCGGGCGAUUUACUGUUAGUCGAAGGGAAUUGUUUAUACUGUUAUUAUGUUAGAAUUUAAGACUGAAAAUUAUUGAAUAGUCCUAUGUCCCGGAAAAGGGAUUGCAUAAUAAGGAAGGAAGUCUCAUCCUUUCUUCAAUUGGAUUGGGUCAAAUAAAAAAAAAAAGUGGGUUGUGGGCCUUUAAUUUUUCCUUUUGAACCCGUAUAUCAACUGGAUUUAAGACAUUACUGUAGUUGUCUUUCACAUCUGUUUAGGGUUUGAUUUUUUUUUAUUUUAAGUGUCUAAAUUUUGUAUAAAGUUUACUCCGAAAAUUUUCACUUAUGUCCUUAACGGCUUAGACUCUUAAUUUUGAGGUAUUUUAUCUUAAAGCACCAUGGUACCCUCGCAAAUGACAGAAAUUCUUAUCACCACCCGUAAUUUUCUAUUGUGAAGUUACCUUCUGGAUGGGAUUUUAAGCUAUACAAAGAGACUCCCAAGAAAAUUGACAGAGAAUUUUCGAAUUGCCAUAUAGGAUAUGUGUAUUGAAAAAGGCUGUAAUUUUCAGUCUUAUUCCAGUAUGUCUCUUGUCUCCGUAGAUUUCAUUUGUUUAUGUGUGUUGACUGUGGUUUAGUGCAGUGUGUUUUGGUUUUAAAUUAGUUGUAGGUCAAUAUCAUAUUGGAAUAGUUCCUUUUGAGCCGUGACCUGUACAUUUUGAUUAUUGUAGUUUAUGUACUGUUAGUAGAUUAUCCGUUGCAAUUAUACAAAGCUUAUGUAUAAUCGCCUAAAACAAUUUAUGAACAAACAUGAUAUACUUUACAAUUAUCAAUAUGGAUUUCGUGAAAGAUGCUCAACGGAACAUGCCAUCUUAGACAUUGUCAAUAGAAUUCAACUCAAUAUGGACAAGGGCAUGUUUUCGUGUGGGGUCUUUAUUGAUCUGCAAAAGGCAUUCGAUACUGUCGAUCAUUAUAUCUUAUUACGUAAGCUGGCUCAUUGCGGAAUUCGUGGCAUAAUCAAUGAUUGGUUCUGAACCACUCAGGUUGGUGCCUGUGUU